CUUCGAUAAAGAUUUGAUGUAUAAAAUAGUGGCUCAGAGAGAUUAUUUAUAUCAUACAUCAUGCUGCUCAAAACGGUCACAAUUAUUCUAGCUUGCUCCGUUCUCGUCCUCGGUAGCCCUUCAAGGCUGCCAGGCAAAUCGGAACUUUCCAGGUCAGGGAAUAGGAUCGUGGGCGGUACUGUGGUCAAGAAGCAUGAAAUUCCGUGGCAAGUGUCCAUUAAGUUCUAUGAAGGGCUGCACUACUGCGGUGGCAGCAUCAUCUCGAAGAACUACAUCAUCACUGCAGCUCACGUCACAGAAUAUAAUGGUUAUCCGCCGAGCUACUUCCAAGUAGUGGCCGGCACUGAGGAAUGGGCCACUCCUGGCACAAUUCACAACGUCACCGAGAUCAUCGUCCACGAACUGUUCGAGCCUUACACUUACGAGAACGACAUUGCCAUCUGGAAGGUGGACCCACCCUUCAAAUUCGCCGGUGGAACGCAGCCCGUUACGUUGCCCGCCCAAGGCGCCGAAUCUGUGCCGGAAAUAGUCAUGACCGUCUCAGGAUGGGGAAGCACUGCGGUGGGUGGUGGAGGGCAGGCGUCUGAUGUCCUUUUGAAGGGAGACUUGUUUGUCGUAUCCAAGGAAGAGUGCAACAGAAACUACGAAUGGUCUGGAGGAAUUGCCCCUAAUCAGAUGUGCGCCGGGGUGCCCAUGGGAGGCAUUGAUGCGUGCGAGGGCGACGACGGCGGGCCUCUCUUUUUCAACGGCGAGCUGAGAGGGUUGGUGUCUUGGGGCAGAGGCUGCGGCACCAUCUACUACCCUGGUGUCUACACCGAGGUCUCCGCCUACCGCAAUUGGAUCAACCAAACAGUCGGUGUUUGAAAAUUAAUUUGUGCGAAUGUGUUUACUAAACAGAAUCUGAGCAACUGUU